UAUAAAUCACAAUUCCCAUGCACAUGAUACAGAGCUCAACCACAUCUCACAGUAUCCAACUCCACACAACUUCAUCUUCUCUUCUCUUCUCUUCCAACCUCAGAAGUCAGAACAGGAAAAAAAUGGUCUCCCUUGAACCUGUUCAGGGUAACCCCAGAUCUAUAGAUGCACCUUCAAGUCCUAGAAUUUCUUUCUCAGCUGAGUUCCUAGAUGAUGAAAACUUCAUCUCCAUAAGUCCAAACCCUGUGUAUGAAAGAGAUCAUCAAGAAAAGGAACAGAGGAAUCCAGAGUUUGAGUUCCUAUCAAGCAAAGGGAGCAACAACAACACUGUGGUAACUGCUGAUGAGCUUUUCUUUGAAGGGAAGCUCUUACCGUUCUGGCAGAUGCAGCAUCUAGAGAAGCUUAACAAGAUCAGCCUCAAACCCAAAGAUGAAAGGGAAUUACAAGAGGAAGAGGGACAAGUGGAAGUGGUGGUAGUGAGUAACAGCAACAAGGAAGAUAGUAGUAGAGUGAAUAAUUGGUUUGUGGAUGAUGACCCAUCUCCUAGACCACCAAAGUGCACUGUUCUUUGGAAAGAGUUGUUGAGGUUGAAGAAGCAACGCUCAUCAACCUUAUCACCCUCUUCUUCUUCCUCUUCAUCUUCCUCAUCCGCGAGCUCGCUCGGGGAUGUUGCGGCCAAAGAAGGUAAAGAUGGGACAAGGAGUAAAGAUCAGCAGCAUGUGAAGAGGUUGAAGAAAGGGUUGGAGAGGACAAGGUCAGCUACUAUUAGAAUUAGACCAAUGAUCAAUGUUCCAAUUUGCACACAGGUGAAGAGCAGUGCCUUGCCUCCUCUUUUUCCACCUAAGAAAGGGAAAUUGGAGAGUAGAGGCCAGUGAUGUUUUCUGCUUGUCACUGUGUGUAGAUCCAGAAUUCCUGAACGUGAGUCCCACAAUGGUAACUAUCAGCCACAGACAUGUGAUCAACGGUCUCAAAAUUAAUGAGUGGUAAGAGUUAUAACUUAAGAGAGAGAGAGAGUAUAGAGAGCAAUUUGAGUGUACGCCUAACGGUCUUUAAGCAUUAUUUUCUGUUGAAGAACUUGUGAUUUUUAUAGCAUUGAAGAUCAUAUAUAGAUACAAUGCACUAACUAAUGCAGCAUGGUCAACAUUCAUAUAUAA